AUGGCGGAGUUGUCUAACGUAAGUGAUGUGAACGAUUCGAAAGACAGCACGUCCGAAAGCGAAUCUUCAAGCGAAGUUGAGGAAGUAAAGAAAGUGAGUCUGACUAGGCGGAGGAAUAAACACCGACCAUUGGAAAUUUCAUCUAAAAAGCCCGUUGGUCGUUUCAGACGAGUUGUCGAUCUGUCUUCGAAUGUAAAGAAAAGACGUGACCCGCGUUUCGACAACCUUUCGGGUAAAUUCAAUGAAGAUUUGUUCGAAAAGUCAUAUGACUUUUUGAAUGAAUACAAAAAAUCGGAGAUCGAAGAACUUCGAAAUCGGAUCAAUAAAGAAAAAGACCCUGAAGAGGCAGGAAAAUUAAAGCAGUUAUUGUCGAAAUUGCAAUCGAAAUUGUCACAUGAACAGAAUUUAAAGCGAAAAAAACGAUUGAAACACGAACGAAAAAAGGUUGAAUUGGAACUCGUCGCUCGUGGAAAGGCGCCGUUUUAUCUGAAGAAGUCCGAAGAAAAGAAGUUGGAGCUUGUUGAUAAAUUCGAAAAAAUACAACAAUCGAAUCCUAAAGCCCUUGACAAGAUCAUAGAAAAAAGGAGGAAGCGUAAUGCCGCUAAAGAACAUAAACGGGUGCCGUUCAAGCGGCGGAAGGACGAGUCGGAAAUAAUAGUGAUAAAUGAUUCAUCUGAAACAGAAAUAGACGUUGCUCCUGGAGAGUUUGUGAAAAGCAAAAAAGUUUCAACUAACAAAGUUGAAGAGAAGUUGCAGAACUCAAGCGUGUCUUCUCUUUCCUACGGAAAGAAAAAUAAAACUGUUAACAACUUCAAUUCUAUUUCCCUUCAAAGCAACAGUCGGUCCGGUGUCGUAGAGGACAGGGUUACGAAACAAGGCACCGUUCACCCUCCCCAGGUACUCGGCGCUAACUCACAAUCAAAUAAUUGCAUUUCCGAAUUUGCCGUGCCCUCAAGGAACGAUAAUUCACGGCUAGGAAAAAGAAGGAAGAUUAACAUUCGGUACUUGCCAUAUGAGUCUGUACCACCACCAGUUCAACCGGAUGAAAAGUUACUGCAUUAUCACCUGAACAAACCGCUGCAGAAUUUUACUACGGGCGUUAUUGCAGCUCAAAAUUUUCCCAAGGCCACGAAUGGAGAUUUACACAAGAUAUGUGAUAAUUACAGUUUAAAACCAGAUCUCUUAGUUAAUCGAGAUAUUACUAAACUGUAUCAGGAUACCAGCAUAGAAAAAAUCAUCGCGGAUUUGGAAGAUCGUGUGAUGGAAGAUAUGACUAUGAAAUAUGUGAAAGGUGAGGAUGACUGA